UCGGCAAUCAAGACCCGCGCUCCGCAAACCCGAGGCUGGCUCUCGUAAGCACAGGAAGCAGCAAGGAGGGCGCCGCUCAGCACGGGGACCCAGGCGUCCGGCUGAUAGCCGCAUCCUGUCGAGUCAAGCGCCGCAAUGGGGAGAGAGGGAGGGCAUCCGAGCCACAGGUGGGGUCUCCUUGGAUGGAAGCCUUCCUGGCAGGCAACGUUCCUAGCAGUCUCCAGCCUGAGCGCCUGCUGCUUCCUGCUGCCUGAAGCCCGAGAUCACCCUUCUUACCUGGAAAGGAUUGUGACGAUCCCCAUCAAGGCGGAACCAGCCCAGCCGAGGCCAGGAGGGAACGUCAUCCUUCUGCCAGUCCGGGGUGGCGGACGCUUUGCCUAUUGCAGAUGGUUCCAAGCGGAGGGCGAAGCGGUCUUGGCGAACUUAUCCUAUAAGGAGAGGUCUGCCGAUCCCUCCCUGCGGUGGGUGCAGGGGCAGCUCGAGGGGCGGGCGAGCGUGGACUCCCGCUGCUCCCUUCACAUCUGGAAUUUAACACUACAGGACGCUGGGAUCUAUGUCGUGGAAAUCUAUUCGCAGUACAGCCGGCAGAGAGACCGUGCAAAGAGGCUUGAGACUGGAUAUACAGACAUUGGCAUUUCAGAUGCCAUACCGCCUUCAUCAGGGCUGACGCCUCCCAUCCCAGACCCUUUAAAUCUGUUCUCUUGGAUCACUGCAGGGUUCAUUGUGUCAUCCUUGGCUGUGGUGGUUAUAUUGGGAGCCCUUCUUCAUGGCUACCUCUGUAACCAUCAAGGAUGGAGCAAUGUGAAUUCUACACAAGCUAUUUCCUCUACUACUCCAGUGUCUGAGGAGGACGUUCUCCCUUCUUCAUAGGUGAAACCUAAGUUCUGCACCAGAUCCUCUAUCCAAGUUGCCUCUUGCCCUCAUAAUUGCAUCCUUGUCUCUAAUAGCAGUUGCUGGAAGCCUGCUCUUCUACUUUCUCUAUGCUAGAAGGAGGAGACCAGGCUGUGUAGAACCAGCUCGAAUGACACUUGAAGACCUCCCAGCCCAACCAGCUUGAAUGGCACUUGAAGACCUCCUAGCUUUCUCUGCACUGCCAAGUCAUCUCCUCACACACACACACACCCCACACCCCAGGCCUCUGCCUCUCCUGUCUCUUUUAGAUAGCAACAAUUCCUUCCAGGCUCUGUCCGGAAGGCCUGGCAAGCAACCUUUGCUCUCAAGACUGCAGUUGCAAAUCAGCACCUUCCUGUUCUUGUAUCCAGUCAGUUCAUGAUUAAAACUUACUUAUCCCA